AAAAUGAAAAUGGCUAUUUCUGGUUCUUUGCGGCUCUCCAUUUUCUUCAUUUCUUGUUUAAUUGCCACGUUCUUGUGUCCUAGUUCAGCCAUUCCUGAUGUAAAUUCUCCUGAGCUAGCCACCCAAGUGUGCAAAAACACUACAAAUUUCAGUUUCUGCCAAGCUGCAGUUUACUCCGAUCCACGAGCCCCAAAAGCAGAUCGAUAUCUUCUUUCGUAUGUAGUAUUCGAGCUGGCAUAUAGAAAUGCAACAAAUACCAGUAAUUACAUUGACAUUUUACUUAAGUCCAUGAAUGGGCACGCCGAUCCUGAAAUUAUGGAGGCUAUGAAGAAAUGUCAGGGAGAUUACAUGGAAGCGAUUAAGACACUUUCUGAAGCAUUGACUGACUUGGAUUCUGAAACUUUCGAUGGAUUGGUUGAACUGGCAACUGAUGUUGAGAAUUCGGCACACGAUUGUGAAGCUGGUUUCAAUGGAAAAUCUCCAAUAUCAGAGAAGAAUCAAAACCUGAUACAGCUUUCAAACAUCUGCUAUGUAGUCUCUGAACUUUAUACGGUUUCUGAAUGAAUGUUUGUAUGGGACUGGACAAUUGAAUGGAUAAUUCGUGAAAUCCUUUUGUUUCAGGGUGCUUAAAAUAGUCUUCUGUUUUGUUUGUUUAUUCGUAAGCAUUGAUUUG